AUGCGAGGAGGUGGUGUGAAACUCUACAAAGUCUUGGAGCCUCAUAAUUUGCUCAUGUAUGAUUCAGUGCCCUUUGGGAUUUUGGAGGAAAGACAAUACCCUGCUCAUGCCCAUGCGAGGGUCACAGAGGUGGAAAACAUCCACUCUGUGUUACAGAACUCAAUAACCUUUGAGGAUGUGGCCAUGGACUUCACCGAGGAGGAAUGGGUGUUGUUGAAUCCACGUCAGAGAAAACUGUACAGAGAUGUGAUGCUGGAGAACUACAGAAACUUGGCAUCGCUGGAAAAGCAGCUCAGCAGACCUGCUCUGAUCACCCAGAUGCAGCAGGAAGAUGAAAUGAAAUCAGAGACAAGAAAUCACCAAGAUACUUGUUCAAGUGCACAUGAGAGAGAACAUACAAGAGAGAAAUCCUAUGAAUUCAGUGACUCUGGCAAAGCCUUCAGAGAUAGUUCACUUCUUAGACAACAUGAAGAGAUUCAUUCCAAGGACAAACCCUACAAGUGUGAUCAGUGCAACAAAACAUUCAGUAGAAAGUCUAGGCUUAACACACACAAGAUAUUACAUACUGGAGAGAAGCCCUAUGCCUGCAAUGACUGUGGGAAAACCUUCAGUAUUCUCCCUUACCUUAAAAGACAUAAGAGAAUCCAUACUGGAGAGAAAUCCAUUGAGUGUAACCUCUGUGGAAAAGCACUAAGUAGUGAGUCAUACCUGAAGACCCACCUGAGGAUACAUACUGGAGAGAGACCUUACAAGUGUGGUCAGUGUGGGAAAACUUUUAGAAUGAGCUGUAAUCUCAUAGUGCACAAGAAGAUGCAUGCUGGAGAGAAACCGUGUAUAUGCAAGGACUGUGGGAAAUCCUUCAGGGACCACUCGUGCCUGAAAGAACACAUGAGAAUUCACACUGGAGAGAAACCCUUUGCAUGCCAUCAGUGUGGGAAAACCUUCAGAGUGAAUUAUUUCCUCAUUUUGCACAAGAAAAUUCACACUGGGGAGAAACCCUACAAGUGUGAUCAGUGUGGGAAAACCUUCAAUGUAAGGGGUAAUCUUACCGUGCACAAGAGAGUGCAUACUGGCGAAAAACCCUAUCAGUGCAAUGUCUGUGGUCGUGCUUUCAGUAAGCUCAUAUCCCUUCGGAGGCAUCAUGAGAGCACUCAUGCUGGACAAAACUCCUAG